AUGCCCCGUCCCAGACCCAGACGCAGCCCCUGGAGGGAGCUGGCCCUUGUGGCCAGUCUUCUGGCCUGUGGCAUCUGCCAGGCCUCUGCCCAAAUCUCCAUCAUCUCAUUUGUAAAUAUCGAGGGAUUCUCGAGCUCCCUGCACCUCCAGAAUGUCCCUGAGGGCAUUCAGGAAUACAUCUGGCAUCGAGGUGCCAAUGACAGUGCGGAAAAUAUGAUUGUUAGCUACAAACCUCCCUCCAGCUCCUGGCGGUCUGGGCCCAUGUUCAGUGGCCGGGAGAAUGUGACCAAGAAGGGCAACCUGGAGAUCAAGGACUCUAUGUUAAAUGACACGGGGUACUACACCGUGCGAGUGGACCUCAGCAAUGGGAGCCAAAGAGCAACCGGCUGGCUGGAGAUUCAAGAGUUGGAAAGCGACCCUGUGAUCUCAGCCAACACCAGCUUCCUGGCAGAGAACCUGGAUCCCUUGACCGCUUUCUGCCACACCAAUGCCACCAAUGCCACCAUCGAGUGGUUUGUGAAUUCCGCACGGGUGUUCAGCAAUGAAAGGAUGACGAUCUCCCCAGACGGCAAGACCCUCGUCAUCCACCAGCUCAGCCGCUAUGACUUUCUCCUUCAGUGUGCCAUAGAAAGUGUCAUAGGCAUUCCUCAGAAAAGCGAACUUCUCUUCCUGACUGUGAAUUAUGGACCCGACAACAUGAUGGUGAGGACGAUGCCAGAGAAGUCAGGCAACGUCCUGUCCGCUGAGAUUGGCUCCCAGGUGCAGAUGAACUGCUCCUCCACCUCCAGCCCAAGAUCCAAGUACCGCUGGGUCCACAAAGGCUCCAUCCUGAGCUCAGAGGCGAGCAUCAGCCUCCCGAGUCUGGCCCGGGAGCAGAUGGGCAAAUACAGAUGCAUCGUGGAGAACCCAGUGACCCAGCUGCUUUUGUACCAGGACAUCUGGAUCCGGAAACCCUGUAAAGGGUUAGUGGGUGACACAGGUUUCUUCCUCUCAGGACCCGUGGUGGUGGUUUUCAUUGUGAUGACAGUCCUGGGUGGUGUCUACCUCUGCGGAGUCCUGAUCUACCUUCUGAUCAACCAUUUCUGCACCAGUUGUUUCAGCCUCAAUGACUGA